AUGGCGAAAUUAGAGGGCUUUCAAGGACUUCCAAUUCCAUCUCUACCAGGGAUUCCAAAUGGACAACAUAAACGCAACAAUUUAUGGGGUUUCAUUUUCUUCCCUAAUUUCCUUUUCAAUCAAAAUCGACAGAGGAAAUUAAUGGGUUUCAAUCGUUUGCUGAAUGGUGCCGAUGAGGCUUUGAUUAGUGCUUUUCUUUUGUUACUGAGAGCCAAAGGAGAGACUUUCGAGGAAAUUAUGGGGCUUGCGAGGGCGAUGAUCAAGCAUAGUUUAGAAGUAGAGGGCUUACUUGAUGCAGUGGGCAUUGUUGGAACAGGUGGUGAUGGAGCAAACACAGUUAACAUUUCGACUGGAGCUUCAAUACUUGCUGCAGCUUGUGGUGCCAAAAUUGCAAAGCAAGGAAAUCGUUCAAGUUCUUCGGCAUGUGGAAGUGUCGAUGUAUUAGAAGAGUUGGGGAUAGUUAUCGACCUGGAACUUGAGGUUGGUGCUGUAAAUUUCUGUUUUAGAUGAAUAAGCUGGUAGAUUAAUAAGAUGCUAAACCAAUUUCAAAUUUGUCAAUGUCU